UGUGUGUGUGUGUGUGUAUGUGUGUUUGUGUGUGGGUGGGGGGAGGUUGAGUUUCUCUUUCCAGUGUAAGAGGCUCCACGCAUCUUACUGCUCGUACACGUGUAGAAGAAGUUCAGAGAGAAAGUUAUUUAAAGCUCACGGAACCAAAAGAAAAGCAUGGCCAUACACCAGCAGCCAGGCCAGAUGGUGACAGUGAUGACCACUGCCCAAGGCCCCGGGACAUGGAGCACCGGCCUGUGUGAUUGCUGCAGCGAUAUGGGUACCUGUUGCUGUGCGCUCUUCUGCUUCCCCUGCAUGCAGUGUCAGACAGCCAGUGAUCACGGCUGGUGCUGCUGCAUGCCCCUCCUGGACGUCUGUGGUGUGGUGUCCUGCAUACUCCGCUCAUCCGUGAGAGAGCGUCACAACAUCCCUGGCUCUGGCUGCGACGACUGCUGCAAGGUGCUGUGGUGUUACCCGUGCGUCUGGUGCCAGAUUAAUCGUGAGCUGAAGAUCAGGAAAAACCUCCCGGGAGCCACCUCAGUGAUCACCACACAGGUCAUGAGGGGCUAGGAUGCAACCGUUUUGGUCGUGAGGGUAGUUAGUUUAAAACAUUCAGCCAACACAAAGUUUUAGCAGUUAGCAUUUAUAUUUUGUAUAUAUCUGUGCUUUGUAAUGCCUACAUUUAGCUGUUCUUUUUCAUUAACAUCACAGCCUUACACCUUAGAUUGAGUUUAAAAACUAGAGUUAAAUGGUAACAUGUCUGAUGUUUUAAUAAUGUGCAUGAUAUGUACACAGUAUGUGCAUAUGGUGUACAGUGCUUGUAAGACAUUUCCUUCACUGUGGACCAAUAAAAAUAAAGAAGAAAAAAGUAUAUAUAUAUAA